AAAGAAGAAGAGCCAAAGUACAUUCACGUGAAUAAAUAUAUACGCUUUGCGCCUGCAACCAAACAUACCAUAUAUACAUACAUACAUCUGUGAUAAACCAGAAAUACUGGGAAAGCUGUUAGACUCUGAGCAAGUUAAACCACAUAUGUACAUACAUAUGUAUUGUUUGUAGCAUUCUUUCUUGUACGGAGUUCAUAUCGAAUGCUAAAUGCUACUGCAAAUACCGCUGUUCAAAUAAGAUUUCGUGAAAUCUAUGAAAGCAUUUAUAGCGGGUGAUGCAAGUAGAGGAGAGAUGGUACGUAAACAUUGGGCGUGUUUGCGUGAUCAAUAUCGUAGAGACGUGAAGAAACAAGUGGUAGACGGGGUUGAAUCUUCCUGGAUAUUUUUCGACGAAAUGACUUUCAUUCGGAAAUUUUUACAUAUUCGGUAUUUCGAUGGAAGCCUAGAUUCAGAAGAUUCUGAAAUUAUAAACAAAAGUGUUGGCCCAAAAAAGAAGAAAACAUGUAGGAGAUCAUAUUCGAGGAUCAUUCCAACAACAGGCAAUUUUAUGACCCAGAUUUUUUCUACAGCAAGUGAUCAUGUAAACUCAGAUUGCCAGGAACAACAAGAACAGCAACAAGGUGGUGAUUCGCCUACGAAAGUAAAUUCGACAACCCGUCUUCAUAGACCAAUUAAAACGGACAUGGACUAUGAAUCUGUUGACACAAUAAUAAACAACGCUUCUAUGGAGCCACCAAAUGAAACUGUAAUUGAACUCUUAGAGCAAAGAGCACAAAUUCCUAAAAAUACAGAAAGGACACAUUCACAGUUGGGGAAUCGUGCAGAAUUCACACCUAACAAACAAUCACAUCGCCUCCCGCCAGUGAGUAAUGUUUACGAAACACCGAGAAGCCUUGAUAUACCGGUCAUUGAAAUUAAAGACGAAGUCGAAAUUUUGGCAGCUGAAAACGACACAGUUGCCGACACGACUGUUGCUUCUGAGAACUCCACAAAUAUAAUGGAAACAGACUGUUCUAUAAAUGAAAAAAAUUCAACAGGAUUUAGUAGGAAUACAAGUAAACAUAUAGAAAUAGAAAAGGAACCGACUGAUAAGGAGGAUGACGAUUAUCAUUUUGUGAUUAGUCUCUUGCCAACAUUGCGACGCAUUUCUCAUGAUCGAAAACUAAAAACGCGUAUGGAAAUAAUGAAAGCUGUAAUGGAGGCGGCACAAAGCAAUGCCACAUAAAUAAUAUGUAUUACAUGUUUUUAUAAAUAUGUACACUAACUGUUAGAUAGAUAGAUAGAUUGUUAUAAUGAGGUACUGCACUAAACAGCGUAUAUUAAGUUUUCCACGAAGUUUGUAACUCCAUUUGAGACCUUAUAAAGUUAUAGAGUCUGUUCGUCUAGGUGUAUAAAAUAACUGAGGAAGAUUUAUCGAUCUGAGAUUUUGCACACUUGCUUUUCUCUCCAAGAACGUGCUUAUUUUUCAGAACCGCCGAUAUGGUAUUACUAUAGAAUACAGCUGCCAUAAUAUUCUCAUAUGGAAAACUUUUUAUUGGACAGAUAUACAUAUGCAUGACAUGUGGUAGAGAUUAUUGUCCAAGGCAGGACUUCGAUCUUCGAAUAUAUUCUUCAGAUCGGAUUACUAUAUCAUAUAACAUAUGCCUAUUAUACAUAUACAUAGUUGCUAAGAAAUGCAACUGUGAAGAAUAUUAUAGCUUCGGUGCAGCCGGACUAAAUUUAUUAAUUAUUAAAUAAGUUAAGAUAGAUGUGUAGUUAGUCAAAUAAAAAUAUACGAGUUUGACAAUCAAACUGAA